AUGCAAGUUUUGGUAUUAACAAAACAUGUACUGUCUUGUAGAUGCAGGCCGCUUAAUCAUUUGGCUAUUCUACGUAAGAGGCUGCCAAUGGUCACAAGGAUUUUUUUUUGGCUCGAAACUAUUGAUGCUUGCAGGGUUAAAAUGCUUGCCGCUUUCCGUCUGGAUAUAUCUUUAUCCAGGUAUGGGUGGCGGCUCCACACACAACCCAAUCCCCCAAAGAGCAAAUCUUCGGCUGCCAAUCCAUCAACCCCAGAUUCAUCCAGCGUAUCAAUCUCUGCCGAAUGUACAUGCAUUAGCUCCUCGCUACUGACUUCUUCCCCACGGGGAAAGCUGAAGACAACCUUAUGGCUGACCAUUGUCUCUUAUAAGUUGACCGAUGGACACCAAAGGUUCCCUCUGCUCAGGAGCUUUCGAUUCAACUGGCACUCCAGCAGUGUUCAAUCAUCUUUCACCAUGACUCUCCUUUCAUUAAAAGAAGAUCGGCCUACGCCCAAGGCAGUCUACAACUGGCGAGUGUAUGCCUGCGCUGCCACAGCAUCUUUUGCAGCAUGCAUGAUUGGAUACGACUCUGCCUUCAUUGGCACUACUCUUGCUCUCCCUUCUUUCGAGGCAGAGUUCAACUUUGCGCAAUACACCCCAGCCCAUCUCACACUAGUCCAACAAAACAUCGUAUCCGUGUAUCAAGCCGGAGCGUUUUUCGGAAGCUUGGCAGCCUACGUCUCCAGCUACUUCCUUGGACGCAGGAAAUCCCUUCUCGCGUUUGCUGCUCUCUUCAUGAUUGGAGCGGGCAUGAUGCUAGGCGCCAAUGGCAGCCGUGGCCUUGGUCUCAUCAUCGGCGGCCGCGUUGUAGCUGGUUUUGGAGUCGGAGGAUGCUCCAACAUGACACCGAUAUACAUCUCUGAGCUUGCGCCGCCAGCAGUGCGUGGACGUCUCGUGGGACUCUACGAACUUGGAUGGCAAAUUGGUGGGCUUGUUGGAUUUUGGAUCACAUAUGGUGUCAACACAACCAUGGCGCCUAGCAACACCCAGUGGCUAAUACCUUUUGCCGUCCAAUUGAUCCCCGGAGGACUGCUACUGAUUGGCGCCAUAUUCAUCCCAGAAUCUCCACGCUGGCUCUUCUUGAAGAACAAGCGAGAGGAGGCUUUGAAGAUCCUCUGCUGGAUGAGGCAGCUUGACCGUGACGACAAGUAUAUUGUGGAAGAAGUGGGCUUUAUUGAUGAGGACCUGGAACGGUACCGCCGAGACGUCGGUGCUGGUUUCUGGAAGCCAUUCCUGGCUUUGAAAGAGCGCAAAAUCCAAUGGAGAUUCUUGCUUGGCGCCCUUUUAUUUAUUUUCCAAAAUGGCUCUGGUAUCAACGCAAUCAACUACUACAGUCCAACUGUCUUCAAAAGCAUCGGCAUCACAGGAACAAAUACAGGCUUUCUAACGACAGGAAUAUUCGGAGUUGUUAAAACAGUCCUGACGUUAGUGUGGCUCCUUUUCCUGAUCGAUCGUAUGGGUCGGCGCAACCUUCUGAUGGUUGGUGCCAUCGGCGGCUCGCUCUGCAUGUGGUUUAUUGGAGCAUAUAUAAAAAUCGCCAACCCUGCCUCCAAGGUAGGCGGUAAUACUACGUUAUCCUCUGGAGGCAUCGCAGCCAUCUUCUUCUUCUAUCUAUGGACGGCAUUCUACACGCCUUCAUGGAAUGGAACGCCUUGGGUCAUCAACUCGGAAAUGUUUGACCAAAACACGCGGUCUCUCGGUCAAGCUAACGCAGCGGCCAACAACUGGUUCUGGAAUUUUAUCAUUGCGAGAUUCACCCAGCAAAUGUUUGAAGCGUGGGGAUACGGGGUGUACUUUUUCUUUGCUUCUCUCAUGAUCAUUUCUGUUGUCUUUGUAUUUUUCUGCAUCCCAGAGACAAAGGCGCUGCCGCUUGAGGCCAUGGAUCGGCUUUUCAAGAUCAAGCCGACCUGGAAGGCGAACAAAAUCUUGCUGGAGGAGCUUCGAGCUGAGAAUGAGGAUUUUGCGCAAAAUACGCGAGGGAUUAAUUGGGAUAGCGAGAAGGAUAUCGCAACCGAGCAGGUAGAAGGUGAGACGACGAAGGUGUAA